AAAUUUUGUCAAAUUUAAAUUAGCCUCGUGGGCUCAAGUGAUCACAAAAUGUUAGAAAUCGCAAGUCACAACGACACAAAUUGAGUGUUAGAGUGUAAAUAUUAAUUAGUUAAAUAUACAAUUUACUUUCAUACCCUUAAUCAUUUAUUAACUAAAAACUCCUUAUUAACUGCCAUAUCCACUAACAACAAAUAAGAUUGAUUUAAACCUAUGCUUAAGCUUUUAGCCUUAAGCACAGGAACCCAGGCCUAGUGAGUCUCUGAACGCGAAGAAGAAGAAGCAGGGCAAUCGUCUCACUCUAAUUGCCGCGAAAAAUCAACAGAUAAAAGGAAACUCCACAACGGCUAGUUUUGCCGAGCUGCACUAAGAUGCCUGGCUGGCAGCCCCUGCGCCUCCCCUCUAACGGUCACAUUACCGUUACAAUUUUGGAAUUUGUAUAAAGCGCUCUCGAAUAUCCUCGCUAAACAUUACUGUCUAUUCAACUUUCCGCUGCCGAUUUUCCAUUUCUCUCAUCUCAUCAAUCUCUUUGUGGAAUACCUCAAUCCGGAUCUUCUUUUUUCCAGUUUACUUUGAGCUCUUUAUUAGCACUUACGCAUCAAUGGAGACUCCUUCCUCAAACAAAAGAAUCACAAGAUCACAGACCCAUUCUCUUGGGCUUAACAACAGCAAUAUCCCCAUGUCCAGGAAGAUGGAAGAUUCAGCCAAGGCUAGUGUUAAGCAGCAGCAGCAAGAAAGAUCCGUACUAAUUGACAUAACAAAUGAUUCCCCGAUUGUUGGGCUAGCGAAGGGAAUCUGGGAGACUCCCUCCUCUGCCACAGCAAAGCAAAGAAGUAACAUACUCAAGAACAGUAACAAAACUCCUGGAUCUGGAGAAGCUCUUCUCAGGGGUCAAGUGAAGACUCUGCUGCAGCGAGUCGAGGAAGAAGCUGAUCAGUCAAAGAUUGGGUUGGAGAAUCGGCCUUUCCUCCGUCUCCAAGGGCUUCUCGACUCUAAUCCCAUGAGACUUCUCGCCCCAACUCCUGCGAAUACCCCGAUGGUCCUUGACGAUCUGACCCAUAACAAUAACAGCAUCAUUCAACAGAUCUCUCCUGUUCCAGUAAUUGAAGAACAGCUCAAGAUUUGUGAGGCCGUGGUGAGUGAAAUGUUCAAGCAAGAGGCAUUGGAAUCUCAGAAGAGUCUGAACAGGCAAUUAUUGAUGGAUUUCUCCGAGAAGUCCGAGUCUGAUUCUUCUCCGGAAUGCUUUUUAGCAUCCAUAGCUGGGACUGAAUCGGGAAGCGAACAGAAGUCGCUGUCACCACAGUCAGAGGUAGCAGACGAUGACAGCGCCUCUCUCUGGUCGAUUCAGGUCAACGCGAGCACCCAUGAUGAUGAAGACCUUGAUGAAGUGAUUGAAGGAGUAGUAGAGGUAGAGGAGCUUUACGAUGAUGACUACAGUGAAGACGAGGAAGAAGAAAGGUAUGAUGAUAGAGGAUUAGUAGUUGAUGAGCUGUGUGAAGGGAUUACUAGAAUGAGUAUGGUGGCAGCCAAGUUCAGUGGGAAGCACAAGAGGUUUGAGUACAAUAGCGACGAUGAGCUGCUUGAGAAGGAAGAAGAAUGCGAGGGAUAGUUCUCGCCUGGUGUUGUCAGAUUGAAGGCGCUUCCGACUCCUAACAGAAAACAUCUCUGAGGUUUCCUGUGGAAGAAGAAAAAGGCGGCGUCUUUUUUGCUCUGUUUUUUUUUAAUCAUUGUUGUUUUUUGCUUCAAUACUGAAGAAGCAAUGGGGGGCGGGGCAUUGAUAUUGAGAAAGCUUUAUUGAUGUCAAUAAUGGAAGUUAUCGGUU